GAAGGGCCAUGGAAAGAAAAACGUUUGCACCUGUUUUGCCUUCUCUCGGGAGUCUCCUGGCACUGCCCAUGGCAUGAUGCCUCCACUGCCACACCUUCAUUUGGAAGCUCCAGAUGUCCUUCUUGCACGGACCUUGUUCCUCUUCCAACUCCUUCCCUAGAUUUCUAGGUUUCUGGAGUGUCUGCUUCUUCCCUUGACUACCUUUCCUGUUACCUUCCUGAUCAUGGACCUGGAGGAAGGAGCCACUGUUGGCCUUGCCCUCAACUCAAGUCUUGCUCCCACCAGGAACAUCGAGAUCCUGUGCCCGGUCAACACAGACUUCACCCAGUGGUUCCUGCCUGCUUUUUACCUGGUGGUGUCCCUGAUGGGGCUUUUGGGGAAUGGAGUGGGCUUGUGGAACUUGUGUGCCACCUCGCGGAAGAGUGGCUGGAAUGCCUUGGGGGUGCUGGUGUGCAACUUAGGGGUAGCUGACUUGCUGUAUGUAGUGACCUUGCCCUUCCUGGUGUCCUACUAUCUCCAGGGUCGCGUGUGGGUCUUUGGCCCAGGCUGGUGCAGGUUGACUAGGCUCCUCUUCCACCUCAACCUCUAUGCCAGCAUUGGCUUUUUGACGUGUAUCAGUGUCCACCGUUACUUGGGCAUCGUCCACCCGCUGAAGAUGCUGGGCAGGUGCCAGACUCUCAGUCCUUCUGUUUCCCUCAGUGUCUUGGUUUGGGUUUGGGUUCUCAUCCAGUUGGCACCUGACUUCAGCUUCAGCAAAAUGGACCGGGCUGGUGUGAGGUGCCAUGACACGACGCACCAUGAGAACCUAGACACGUACAUGCCAUAUAUCCUGACUAUCACCAUGACUGGAUUUGCCAUCCCUUUCCUUAUCACCACUGGAUGCUAUUGUCAUGUGGUGGUGGUCCUUCGGAGGAACCAAAAUGUGGAUCCCAUCCUCAAGCGUAGGAGUAUCACUUUGGUGGUGCUGGUGCUGGUGCUUUUCUCUGUUUGUUUCCUCCCUUAUCAUAUCUUUCGGAACCUAAACUUGCAGUCCCGCAGGUGGCAACUCCAGGGCUCCUGCUCUCAGACUUUAAGGAACAUCUAUGUCUCCUACCAAGUGACCCGAGGCCUGGCCAGCCUCAAUAGUGCCCUGAACCCUCUGCUGUACCUGAUGGCUAGUGAGGACCUUGUGGUGCGAUUGACGGCUUUUGGCCAUACCAUUGGGCGGGCCUUGAGGUUUCUUUGGCCAAGUCAAGCCCAACGGCACUUGAGUCAAAAAAAAUUAAGCAUUAUGGAUGAUGAGGAAUGUGAGGAAGUAUCAAAUGGUCUUUGAGCUGAUUGCUUCUUUUUCUUUUCUGGCUGUGUGUUUGUAUGGGCUUCCCAAGUCACUUGCUCCAUUCAUUUCAAAGGGUUUUCUUGGGUAAGGAAUAUUCUGAGGUGAGUUGUUGUAUGAUUGUUGUAUGGUCGUGUUCCAGAAGCAUUCUCUCCUGACGUCUCACCUGCAUCUAUGCCAGGCAUCCUCAGAGGUUGUGAGGUCUGUUGGAAACUAGGAAAAUUGGGUUUAUAUAUCUGUGGAAUGUCCGGAGUGGGAGAAAGAACUCUUGUCUGGUGGAGGCAAGUGUGAGUAUUGCCAUUAAUCACCUUGAUUAGCAUUGCAAAGUUUCAAGGCCUGACUGAUUCCUGCCGGGGGAAUUCCUCUGUUUUCAGAGUUUUCCAGACAUGAAACAAUCUAGGCCAACUAACACCUCCCAACAAAGGAUCCCCAGGCAGCAACCAGCCAGGCUUUGAGGCUGGAAGGCCAUUAAAUGCUAAUUAAGGUGGCCAAUUGCAACAUUAACACUUGUCUCA